AUGACUAUCGUUAUAGUUCACGGUAACUGGAGCAGUUGGUCGUCAUGGCCAAACUGUAACAAGCCAUGCAAUGGGGGAUCCAAGAUAAGAAAACGACUGUGUAACAAUCCUGAGCCAGCUAAUGGUGGGAGAGACUGUGAGGGUUCAGCAACAGAGAGCCAAUCUUGCAACCCUAAUCCUUGUCCAGGUCUGUUAAGUUCAAUGCUAUAUUGUUUUCGAAUUAGGAAAAGUAAAUCUCCUAUUAAUUGGACACCUACUUUUCUUUUUAACUGGGUUUUGGAAUCCCUCCAAGAGAACGGGCGGAGAUGGGUAGGGGGUUCAGAGGCCCGCCCCCUAACUAUAAAACCGCCUAUUACAUGGCCAGUUUAAACAUAAAGAUUUGAUUUUAUAAACUGAAUUGACAAGGAAGUUUUUUUUCGUAGAGACAUUGAGAAACUCAAAUUUUAAGCGUUAACCCCACUGCUUUGUCAGAGCUAAUCAGAGUAUAGUUCCUUGUGUUUGAUUUAUAUGCUGGCAGAAACGCGGUAAGGUAAAUAAUAAUGGUGUUUUGAUCAGUUAACCGACAAUGGUUCAAGUUUUGUUCUACAAUUAAGAUUUUUAAAGUGGCUUUCUAUAUUACCUUUGUGACGAGGAAAAGAAAGAUCGCAGAUUCCUAGUCAUUUUGGUUUGAAAGUUGGAAUGUUUUGCGAGAUUGAAGUGUCGAGCUGGUGUGAUUCUAUUUGUUGAUCUAUUUGUAUAGCGCGACGUGUGGUAACAGAGUCGAAGUAGCCGAGUUAAAGCACCAUUCGUCUGAAUUCUAGGGAAUGUUUUGGUCAUCUCUACAGAGUCGUCCAAGUCUACGAAAUUAAAUUCAUGGGAAAUCGAGAUUUUAAGGUCAAGACUUUCAGAUAGUUGAGACUGUGGUGCGAAAUGGAACGCCAAGAAUUCAGGUAUCUAGAGGGCGGAAUACAGUCAACUCUCGCCUUGCGGACAUCCCGCUAUAACUGAAACCCUGACAACACUGUCAGCAGAUAAAUACCCGGCAGAAACAAAUCACAGAUGUUUGACUUAAAUAAACUCUCGCUAUUAUGGACUCUCGCUAAUGAGGACACUAAAUCUAGGUCCCUACAGUGUCCGCAAUAAAUGGAGUUGACGGCACCAGGGGAAAGAGACCUAUGCCAGUGGGGAAGUCUCAUGAAAUUACGUUCAAGCUGGGUCCUUAAACCUUUGUGUCCAAUGUCUCCUUUAUACUCUGUGGAAUUAAACAAUUGCCUUUUUACACUAACAACGAGGUGUUUUACUUUCAGCUGAUAAUAUAAACUGCAAGAUAAGGUUUCCAACGAAGGAAUGGAAAGAAACAAUGGCCAAUCACAGCAGCAAAAGCUACGUAGAAUGUGCUAAUGAGACUGAAGGAAUGGUAAAUGUUGUAAUCAUAAAAUUGUUUGAUGACUCCGCUCCAAACCUUUUUACUGAUACUUAGACCAUAUUAAUUAAUGUGCCUAUAAAACCAUCACACUCUUUAUAUUUAUGAUUUUUCUCCCUCUUUCAAUUAAGUCCGAGCCCCUUCAAAGUCAUGAUUUCAACUACCCCCCUUCCUUAAUCCCCGACAGGAAUGACUGGACUGGGAAUGGCCGUUUUUAUACUAGAGGACGCAUUAUCCGUCUGGACGAAUUUGGGCAAACAUUUGUAGUUCGUCUGGUUAUGCGUCUCAAGUAUAAAGACGGGCUCAAGACGCAUUAUGUGUCUAGACGAACUUUCCUUCGCAAUACGUCCUGAACGACGCAUUACGAAAGGUAGUGCUGACACUGCUGUUGCUGAUAAUUACUUUUUGAAGUAUUCAGACCGGGUUCUAGAUCAGUGGCUCCAGGUCCUUCCUUGAUAAUAAAUGACGUCAUCGUCACAUUAGCGCUAGUGUUAAAGAUUGAUUUAUUUUGUCAGACGCCAUGUACUAUCUAAGUAUUUUUCGCUUUGAGGUUAGAAAUUUCAUGCAAUUUGUCUUCUGUCUAAGUUCCACACUGUGUAGUCGUAAUGACGUAAAAAUACGUUAUCUUGUCAAUCAAGUUAUGCCUAGAUGUUUGGAAAUGAUGAUUUCAUUACUCUAUGAGUAAUUUUUGGCUGCCGUAUCAAGACCUGUUUUGAAGUUAGGGCCCAUAGCCCCAAGAAGUAAAAAAAGCUCGGUCUGAAAAUUUAUUUGACAAAAAUUUUAUAUUUCUCACUUUUUUGUCAGCUAAGAGAGUUCUACCACUCAAAAGGUGAAAAUGUCAUGGAUGUUAAAGUAUUGAAUCUGAGGUAAAUAUUUUUAAAGGUACCCUCCACAUGUAUGAAAUUUUAAACAGAAUGAUAUUCCUUUCUCUCUGAUUUCUAAGGUCUUCUGGGCCACGCGUUCCCUGCUGGAGAUCCUUUUAGUUUUGUCUGUCCACAUAUACAAGUAUCCGGGGGUUUAUUCUUAACAUUGUGCUUUUUCCCUUCAAAUCGGUCACCAAAAGGUUUGGGUGCUUACCAUUUACGAAACCCACCCAGUUGGAAGUCUUGUGGAUAGAUUUAAAACUAUAAAAUUUGGAAAAACUGCAACACCUCGAAUCACAGCCUAUAUUAACAGAAGGUACCCCAACGAAGUGGAGCAGACCAGUUGAAUUCCAACCUGAAUAACCCCUUGACUGAGUCUCUUUAAAAGUUCUGUCUUUAAGGCCUCAAAGUAUUCCCUCUAAGCAAUUUUAAACCGUCUAACACGACCCUUCGAUGUUUUACUGUUUGAUCUCGGGUUAGUCAUUGAAAUCCGUGUUCUGAUGUGUAUACACGGACAAAACGCCUUUUCAAAAGAUAAAUGAAACAAACAAAAAACUUAAACCAUAAAUGAUAACUUAAUUAAAAGGUGAGCCACUCAAAAAAAAGGAGUAAUUGUUCUCAUAAUGUGAACAAGUUACCUCAUACUUGUGACAUGACAGCACGCGAUCUCUUUUACUGCCAAGGAUUAUGAAGAAGAUAAAAGGAAAAAGAGGGAUUAGGCCUGAUACUCAGGCUAAUUUUAAUCCCGUCAGGGAGACAAGAUUUUUUCCUUAAUUAAUCCACGUUUGUGAUACUUAUGUCUCAUUCUUUUCUUACAAUGUUUUUAUUACUCGAAUUCAGCGAAGGAAGCAUUAUCGCCAGCAUAAACGUGAGCUUUCUUGCUAUAGAUGCACUACAGCUCAUCUCUUUACAGGAAGAGCUGGCUGGAGGAACACUGGGCACUACUCCAGCAGAAUUACUUAACCUUUCUAGCAGUUAUGGUAAGGAUAUUGCGAGUAUCACCGAGUUGAAAUCAAAUGGGUUGUGUCUUAUUCAUCCCUUGUAUACUUGCUAAACACCCAGCUACAUGAGUUUGCUUGUGCUGCUUUUGGCAGUUAGAAGUAUUUUCAAAUUUUGGUCAUCGAUAUAAAUUUGCCAUUUCUUUGCUUAAUCCAGCAAAUAAUGCUAAAUCUCUAGGGAAAAUGUACAAGACAAGGUUAAUAUUCAUGAGUUAAUUUGGUUGGUUUAGAUAGCUAGCUUCUAAGUGACGAUUUCCUCUGAUUCCUUUAGUUUUACUUUAAAAAGAUGCUUUAAAAUCCCGAGUACAUCAUCAGUUGUACGUAAUUUAAGCUAUUGAGUCGUAAUCUCCUUUAAUUUGGUAUUGAUAAUUGUGCUGUACAAAGCAAAUUUAACUGUAGGGAAAACUCUAAAAGAGUAGUAAAGUGAAUAGCCAGAAUGCCUGAGUAUAGAAAGUAUUCAAUUAGGAUAAUAGUUACCUUAGUUGACUAGGAUUUCAGCGAAGGAUGACUUUACUCUUUAUUUUUAUUAAAAGUACCCGGCGAGCCACCUGUAAUAUUGGAAGCAAUCAGCAACACGUCCACAUCUAUAGAACUGAGAUGGACAGAGGUUACAGAGCUCUAUUCGAUGCCACUUUUAGGCUAUAUUAUAGUCUACAAGAAAAGAAGCGGAAAUUUUCGGGUAGAAUCCAUGAAAUCAGUGUUACCAAUGCCCCUUGAAGCAGUUGUAGAAGAUCUAGAGAAGUUUACAGAUUACAUAAUACGCAUUUAUGCGUUUACUAGCAAUGGUAAUGGUAUACCAAGUCAAGCUGUCGCAGUACGAACACAGGAGGACGGUAAGUUUUAGGCUAAAUUUCAGGGAUACGAACCCUUUUUUAUGAACAAUUGUUGUCACGGGUUCCCAAAAAAAAACAAAAAACAAAACAAAACAAAAAAAAACACGGAUGAGGGGUAGAGGCGGCUGACGGAGGAGGUAGAUUCCCUCGGAGAUGCCGCGAAAAAAAAGGUUUAUGUGUUAAUUUGCUGCAAAUUACCAGAUAUCAUUGUAUGCCUAAAUUCUUCGUUCCUCAGUUCCCACAGAAUUGUGGUCUAGCAGGAUAAAAUUGACAGGAAUUAGUCAAGAUCAAAAACGGUAACUCAAAGGAAUUAACAAAAUGGGUGACUCGGAAAUAACAUCACUCUUUUACUUAAUAUACAGAUGUUCCGUUUCCCUAUAGUGUAAGCUCCUAGGCAGAGCUCUGGGUCCUCCCUGGUCUUCAUUCAUGUGCACUCUUCUUCCCAGGGCCUCCUGAAAAUCUUUAAGCUGGCAAGGCCUGAGUACGACUACCAGAAGCGCUCAGGCUUCAGAAAUAAGAUAGAAAGGAAAGAGUUUUUCCUUUCCUCUUUGCUUUUUUUCUUUUCACUAGUUCCUAGUCAGACACCACCAAACAUUAUUGUCCAGUCCACAAGUUCCACAACGAUUGAUGUUUCCUGGCAACCAAUUGAUCAAGCCUAUGUACAUGGUAUACUCCUGGGAUAUGAGGUCAGGUUUGCUAAGGAUGAUGGGUUACCACUGCUCUGGGAAUCAAGACACGUGCAUCCAAAUGUCCGUAAAAUAAUUUUAAGUGGUCUUUGGUACUACUCAAAGUACAAGAUAGUGGUUUGUGCGAAGACAUCGAAAGGUUGUGGAAAAGAAUAUCACGCUAUAUCUUACACGUGGGAUGAUGGUAAGCUUCCCGAAUCGAUUUGUACCACGAAAAUCUUGCUUUCAAACGUCCCAGCGAUUGUACCACGUAGUUCAACUUGCUGAAUGUAGGCAAACAUCGAAUUGCGCCUAAUUCGUAACUUCUGUACCCCAGAAAGAGAAAAGACAAAUUCUUGGUCGCGUGUUAACACCCAAUAGAAAACGUCGCGGUGAGGACAAUUCACGUCGUAGUCGCGCAGUGUCGGGAAAGAGAUGUACCAAAAAGUGUGUUGUAAGUUCACAACUUUUUGGCUUGUUCAAGCCUAUUACUUUUGCGAUAUUCUCCUCUCCAUCGUUGUCGCUUUUGGUUAGGCUUCCAAUGAACGCUUUUUAGGAACAAAAUCAGUCAACGUUGUCUUAAAAAAGUUGUUUCCUUCUCUUUUAAGUCCCCACCAGACCACCGCAGAAUGUCUUAGCGCAAAACCUAACAUCCGAAAAAUCAAUUAAUGUUAACUGGAGUCCAGUCCUUGGUGGCCAUGUCAACGGCCCUCUUCUUGGUUAUUCUCUGAAAUAUCAAAGAAUCAGGACGGCUGAGAGAGUAUUGGAAGAUAUAGAGGAAGAUACACUGACUUUUAAGCCAGACGAGCUUUCCACUGUCCUACAAGUUAAAACGUAUUCUACCUACCGAAUCCGAGUGGCUGCCUUUACACCAAAGGGACUGGGACCUUACAGUGAAUACGUGCUAGCUGGUGAGCGUGUAGAAGCUUUCACCUUUAACUAUAUUAAGACGUUUGUUGCAAGAUUACAGCACUGUACUGUACGCUUCCUUAUUUUCACAGCAACUACUGCAAAAGUUCUCCUUUUUUGCCUCAUAUAUUUGUGCCUUAUCUUAUUGUAACUUAUGAUGUAUUUUGAAACAACAUGUUUUCGACCUUAAGAGCAGCAUUUGUCUAAAUAUAAAAGCAUUUUAGCACAAUUUUCCAAUUGCCAAAUAAAAGUAGAAGUCGUGUAGAAUUAAAAAGCUUAAAGCAUCAAGUCCGCUAAGUAUAAAGUAUACCUCAUUACGGAGUUUCUUUAUCCCCUUUUCUCUAUCAAAAAUCAAACUAUAAUUCAUUGUCAAUGAAAUGCCCAAUAUCUUUUAAUCACACUGACUUUAUACUUUUCUUUCUUUUUGCUUCCCAUUAAAAGAAACCUGCCGUUGUCCAAAAAUACUCUUCACAAACUUCUGGGCAACAUCACCAUACCUUACGUUUAACAAAAAAGAUAACAAACUCGAGGGAAUAUUUAGCGGGAUUAUCACUGAAAUGGUUCACACUGCUUGCGGAAUUUGUCCCGCGCACGGCGACACCAUAAUCGAGAUCUCUACCAACGGGAAGAACGGACUUUCUACUAAGGAAGAUGUGUUAGAAGUCCUUAAAGACAUCGAUGAUGUCCCAGAAAUAAGUUUUCCAAUAUACGGCAACAAAUACAUCACCACAUACUUGGGUGACUACGCUUACAUCAAUAUUGUGGAAUCACCCGGGGUAGCAUUCCUUGUUGCUAGUAGGCCCCCAGGUGGAGCAGCUAUGAACAUGAUAAGGGCAGUACUGCAAACGGUGCCUUUGAUUGUGUUGUCAGCAUGCAUGGCCUUCAUGGCCGGAUUUAUCGUAUGGUUUUUGGUAAGUCUCAAAAAUUAUUUGCUACCAAAAUGGUGAAAAAGAUACCUCAUCUUGAUUGCAUGAAGAGAUUUAUUUCAGGCUGUACAGUGUUAAAACUGUCCUUAGCAAUCAGAAGGUUACGUAAUUGGAAGGGCCAAAACAGGAACCUACGGAAUAUUAAGGCACCUUAGACGUACCACAAACCAAGUCCUCUUCGGGAGGGAAGGAAGACCUUCCAAAAUACUGGUGGAAGCAACUGAAGCUCACUUCCUCCCCACAAAACUUGGGUGAAAUAAUUAGAAUCUCAUUACUUUAAAAAGGAAUACAUUACCGCCAAUAGUGUUAGGGCCUUUUGUCUUUAUGUCAUGAAUGAAAUGGUUUUGAAUUCUUGUAAUCUCAGUCACGUGCUAUAUUAUAAGAUUUAACAUGUUUUACAGGUCUUUUAGCCAUUUUUAGGUCAAUGGAUGUCUUGGUUUUUGAAAAAAAAAAUCACCUGAUGUGACUCAAAAUCGAUGAGCCGUAACUGAAUAAGGAAAACUCUAUUCCCUGUUCCUUCCAUUACCUGUUACAUACAAGCUUUAAAAUUGUCCCAUUUCCGUUUCACUGAUUCUUGGCGGGCAAUUCAUGCAUACUAAAGAGGGCAAAGAAAAACUGCUAUAAGUUGCAAAAAUAUUUUAAGACACUGUCCCUGACUGAGCUUAUAUGUUCUGCCCAUGAUCUUGUGCUUGGUAUACCCCUUCCUUCCCUUGUCGAAGUUGCUAGCAGGAGAGAGCUAAGGAGAUGGGGAAGGCCGUUUUUCGUUGGGAUGUGUCAACAAAUUUUAUACUAAUUGUAGCUCUUACUAACCCUAAAUACAAAUCAGUUAUUUCAAUUCUCCUCAUUUUUUUUUUUAAUUCCCACGCCAAAACUUCCAACACCAGCACCGCCACCACCAUUUCAGGUGUUGUUCCUCCACCACCUUACCACAUUUCCCUAGUAUCUCGCCGCCAUUACAACCACCACCACAACCAUCACAAUUUUUUUCCCUCCACCGCCACCACCACAAAGGGGAGGAAAACGGAUAACAGCAAUAAAUUUCCAUUCAACAUAUAAAAUAAAAAUUAUCUUGACAUAACCCGUUUUAAGACUAAAGAACAGAAAUCGUCUCAAGAUAUUGUCUGCAUUGUGCUCUUUGAUGCUUGCUGCUUUUAUUUUUACCGCAGGACUCAAAAUUUAACCCUGAAGAAUUUCCGCUCAGUUUCUUGAAGGGAGUUGGCGAAGGUUUCUGGUGGUCUUACAUUUCCAUGACAACUGUAGGGUAGGUAUCAACAAUUGCAUUGUUAAAAAAACUUAAGCUGUUCGUCUAAUAGUGAGCGUCUAAUAGUUUUCGUUUCUUGAAUUACAAACGCUUGUUUAAACAAACCAAAGAAUGAUCACGUGACAUUUUAUUACGUCACAAAACAGUUUUCUUGCGGUUUUUCCGCAGUCAGGAAUUUCCUUUUUCAAAAUUUUCUUUUUUCUUUAGCUUUUGAAUUUUUUUUUCACAUCUCAAAUAUCAGCUGACAAAUGACAGUUUCAAUUUUAACAAAUUCGUACCUCAAAAACAGGGUGCUCCCUUGUAAAAUAAUUCUGAAUUUAAGCGUAACAGAUCUUUAAUUCAGCUUUUAUAUUCCCUUGAAUAGUUCUCUUAAAAAUGGCGUAUAAAACCUUAGAAAAUUCAAAAGUUUAAAAAAUUGCGCAUGAAUGACGUCAAAAAAUGUGACGUCGUAAUUUUUCAUUUUGUGUCAAAAUAAAUGCAAAUUUAAUUGGUCCAAUAUUCUAUAUUCGCAGGCCAAGUUUGGCAUAGAAAGAUUUGAAGCCGACAAAGUGAUUUUCAAUUAACCAAUUUUACCACUCUUUAUGAUCCCUUUGGGCCGCAUGGUUUGCCCCCGCUGUGUUACUGGUCUCAACAGAAAACACAAAAACAAAUAAAUGCAAAUGCAAAAAAUUGAAACUAAAGCCGAAGUAAUUUUGUUUCCUUGAGAUUGGAUUCCCUUUUUCGUGUUAUGACAAGUAUAAUGGAAUAGGUGAUACAUUAUUUGGGGCCUGUUUUGGCGACAAAAGGAGUAAGUAUCACCAAAAACACACAACGAAACAAAACAACGUCACAUGAAUAAACAUCUUUACCUAAAAAUAAAUAAAUAAAUAAUUAUGCUAAGCGUGAAGUACCAUAUUUUCUUCUAUUUGUUGAUAGGUAUGGUGAUCGAGCGCCCAAGUCUAUCAUCGGGCGCAUUUUUGGUAUAAUGUGGACAUUAACGGGCCUUGUUAUUAUCUCCAUUCUAAUUGGUGCAAUUGCUUCGUCACUCACAAGCGUUACUGUAGAAAGGGACGUCAUUCUGUAUGGUACAGAGGUAAAUCUAUAUGAAAACAAUAUAAAUAAAAAAGAAUGAAUAGAUAAAGAUAAAUAAUAUGAAGUACAACAUUGUUUCGAGUGGCCCUUCGUCUGAGGUGUUUUGGAAAUGUUGGUUUACUAGGAAGGAGGAGAACAUCUCGGAGCAAGGGGGAUGAGCAACAUCAGUCUUCUCAUCAUAGCAAACCCUUUGGCGACCACUUGCGAAUAGGGAAAACCAACUUUUUAAACUAAAACCUCGUUCUGGAGCAUGCGCAUAUGCCAAGAUUGUGCCAUAUGCCAAUUUUCGAAUCUAUUUCAAACUUUCUUUCUCGAUCUCUAUUUCACUUGCCUUUUUUACAGACAGUUUUGUCUCCCACUUUAUUGCAUUUUUCUCAUGGAAUUGUGGCUGGCUAACUUUCCAGGAAAGGGACCAAUUUAAUUUGCAGAGCGUAGUUAUUGAAUAGCAAAAUUGGCAUUAGAUUUUUCCCCGAAAUGUUACUAUGGAUUUUUUGUAUCUAACUCUUUAACGAUUGUCUAGUAUUUCCAAAAUGAGUUACCAGUGGACAGAUAUAUCGUUGCUUAAUUAAUAUCUUAAACUGAAAGCUAAACGGGUCCAGGAAGGCUUGACUAAUCAUAUGCAUCGUUCCAUAUGGAACGAAAGUGACCAAAGCCGUCCUCGAAGGUUUAACAGGGCUGAGACGCAUAGCUUGCAUAGCCCUUUCUUAUCCAUUUAACUAUCCCUAGGUCCCUUCUAGCACCAUCCACACCAUUAGCACAAGUGAUACUAUAUGCAUAAGAAACACUGAAAUACAAAGACAAUCAAAGACGUUGAAAUUUUCUCAGAUGACAAAAAACUAGCAUAUACAAAUUUUUUGUUUCUCCUUUAACCUUAAUUAAUAUCUUAUUAUUGCUGUCUCUGUAAUCUUGANUCGAGUGGCCCUUCGUCUGAGGUGUUUUGGAAAUGUUGGUUUACUAGGAAGGAGGAGAACAUCUCGGAGCAAGGGGGAUGAGCAACAUCAGUCUUCUCAUCAUAGCAAACCCUUUGGCGACCACUUGCGAAUAGGGAAAACCAACUUUUUAAACUAAAACCUCGUUCUGGAGCAUGCGCAUAUGCCAAGAUUGUGCCAUAUGCCAAUUUUCGAAUCUAUUUCAAACUUUCUUUCUCGAUCUCUAUUUCACUUGCCUUUUUUACAGACAGUUUUGUCUCCCACUUUAUUGCAUUUUUCUCAUGGAAUUGUGGCUGGCUAACUUUCCAGGAAAGGGACCAAUUUAAUUUGCAGAGCGUAGUUAUUGAAUAGCAAAAUUGGCAUUAGAUUUUUCCCCGAAAUGUUACUAUGGAUUUUUUGUAUCUAACUCUUUAACGAUUGUCUAGUAUUUCCAAAAUGAGUUACCAGUGGACAGAUAUAUCGUUGCUUAAUUAAUAUCUUAAACUGAUAGCUAAACGGGUCCAGGAAGGCUCGAAUAAUCAUAUGCAUCGUUCCAUAUGGAACGAAAGUGACCAAAGCCGUCCUCGAAGGUUUAACAGGGCUGAGAUGCAUAGCUUGCAUAGCCCUUUCUUAUCCAUUUAACUAUCCCUAGGUCCCUUCUAGCACCAUCCACACCAUUAGCACAAGUGAUACUAUAUGCAUAAAAAACACUGAAAUACAAAGACAAUCAAAGACGUUGAAAUUUUCUCAGAUGACAAAAAACUAGCAUAUACAAAUUUUUUGUUUCUCCUUUAACCUUAAUUAAUAUCUUAUUAUUGCUGUCUCUGUAAUCUUGACAUGAACGAACGAUAACCUUUUGUUUUGGGUCAAAUUUUAGAUAGGGGCGUUACGGGGCUCUGCAGAAUAUCGACUGGGUGUACUUCACAACGCAAAAGUUAAUACAAGUAAGUAUAUAGUCGCUGUGCCGCUGUCAGUGUGCCGGCUAGAAAUUAUGACUGCAAACAGCUAGGGUAUGUUAAAAAAAUGAACGGAGAAUUAACAAAGCAUGAUGAUAAGGUUGAUUUACGGACGUUUAGAAAUAUAAACUUUCUAUACUGUUUGAACCGGAACUAAAGCAAAGUAAGACCAUUAAACUCCUUUUCUUUCUGAACUUCACUGGCUUCCAGAACGUAAACAUCACAAAUUAAAUACCGAGAUUUAUGCCUGAAACCGUAUGGCGAUCGAUCUUUUAGUUCUGAGACACCUAUUAAAUCGCAUUAUGUUGCUACCCGCUCAUUCGAAAAUUCCUUCACAGGUGUUUCAAAGCGGCAGAAAUUUUAAGAACACCGUACCUAUACGGUAUAAGCACUCAAUUGCUAAGAAUUGAUAUGAUUAGUAUUAUAAUGAUGAUUAUUGAUAUCAUAAAUGUAUAUUAUUCUAAAUAUUAUACAACAAUAUCAAUAGUUUUUUUCUCUGUCUUGCCAUGAAAUACUUGUCGGAUACUAAUGGAUUCAAUUUACUAUUGCUCUGCAGAACGCCAGUAUAGCAAUAUGGAUGAUAUUCGAAUGGCAUUGGAAGAUGGGGAAAUCCAAGGAGCCUUGAUUGACACUUACGUCAUCGCUGAGCAUAAAGAAUCUCUUCUAAGUGACAGAAUUUUUGUCAAAAAAAUACUCGAUCGGCCAUUUGGUUAUGGGGUUGUGUUGUCAGGAGCUGCAAGGAAUGUAGAACUGAGAUGCCGGGAUUACAUCAACAUGAAAAUCACAGAUAUAUUUCAAAUUAUCCAGAAUACUACAAAGACAUUAGAUGUAAGUUAAUUAGGGAUUGAUUGCUAUCGCCUACUCCAACGCCUGAUGUGUGGGAGCACAAAACCCCCUUCCCCCGAAAAAAAAUAAAUAAAUAAAUAAAUAAAAAAUAAAAAAUAUGCAUACACUCCCCAAAAAUUAUAUAAAAGAACAGCAGAUGACCAGAAACGAUAAUGAGAUAGCGAGUCAUGAUGAAUAAUCAGAACAAUUAUUACUGUUUGACGAACUAUAAAUGCAUGUUACUGAAAGUUAAAGCCAUCCGCAAGCACAUUUUGCUUGUUGUCCCUUUUCUUACGAUUACGUUUGAUCAAAGUCUUGCUUCUUCGUUCCUUGAGUAUAAUGCGUCUUUAGUAUAGAGAUAUUCAAUCUGUCGGGUACUUUCCUAUGACUCAUAAUGCAAGCAAACUAAAACUAAAGGCCUGGAUUUUUUUAUGGCCACCACUUCAAAGUGGAUACAUUAUUUUUUUUUUUUUUUCGCGAAUUCCAAUAAUUGUGCAGUCUUAUUAUUCGAAGUAAUUCUUAAUUUAAAAACAUGCUUACUUUAAGUUCCCAUCCCGUCUUCUGUUCCUCGACAGAUUGCAUUUUCGCGGUUCUUGCUGUUUUUCACGCAAGGCAGUGGCUCAGCUGUUUUGUUUUUUGUUUGUUUGUUUGUUUGAUUUUUUUUCAAAACUAUGUUGCAAUUAGUACUAAUUAAUUAGUACUUAAAUAUGCCCAUCAGUUUGAACAUUUAAGUACUAAUUUACACGGGCUUGUAAAUUAGGAGGCAAACGUGGCGUUUACCAUCUUUGUCCUUGACUUACUCCUCAGCUUUGCACAUUUUUGGGACGUAUUUGCCUGUAACAAUUGGGGUGCAAAUCCGUUUUUUCUUCCAGUAUUUCAAAAACAGUUGAGCUAACACAAAUGACAUCCUCCCAAAGCCUCUCGGUCGCCGUGCCUUUUUUCUGGCACAAGCUGAUAAACAACUGAAAUCAUUGAAUUUAACGGUUAUCGUAAAAUUCUUCUAAAUUUGGUCAGCGCUUAUUGGUUAUGAAAAGUUAGCCGAGGAAUUUGGACCAAUCGGAAACGGAGAAAUAUUUUGAAUUUUUUAAAAUAACUAUUUGAAAAUAUUUCGAUAAAGUUAUUGUUGUUUUAUAGGCGCGCUCGCCAGAUGCAGAGGUUGAUGAAAGUACAGGAUUGUUUGACGGCUCGUCACAAAUGUUUCUUAUGUCAGUUGCUUCUCUGGCGGGUACCUUGAUAGUGACUGUCGCCGUGGGCAUAUGGUAUCAUAUUUGCAUCUAUGUUCCUAGCAAAAACAAAGGUAAGGAAAAAAAAUCAAAAUAACAAUAAGAUUACUGACACUGGAGACUGGGACCUGUAGGAGCUAACUCCCUCGUACGUUCGUGUCACAGUGAAUUUACACUAUAGCACAAUUCUUUUAAACUAGUUUGAGAAAACAUGCAGACCUGAAAUUGGUAUUUUUGACGACAUUUAUCCUUUUUUUGUGCAUAAAAUGUGACAAUGACGGGCUAGGUGAACCAUCUGCCAAAGAGUACGUGUUAUUAUUAUUAUAAAUGUAUAAUGAGAAAUGCAUAAGAAAAGUAUGGGCUUUGCAUGGAAUUAUGUUUUACUUUUGUAGCCAAGCUUUCACGUUUUUCUUUUUCCAAAGAAAAUUAAUUUGUUAAGGAUACACUGAGGAAACCUUUUUUAAAGAAAGUUCAAUAAAUUUAAAUGAAUUAUCUAUUUCAGAGGAGAAGUUGAAAGAAUCUGGGUCACAUUUUUCUUACAAGGAGUCCCUGAUAAAAGAAAUGAAAGAACUUGUGUACUCAUUCUACAGAGACGUGCAGAUCAAAAUUUGUUUCAUCAAAAAGACGCAAAAGCGCGAGAUUAGAGACAUGAUAAAGGAGUUGAAGCUCAUGACGUUGGGGGAAAAAUCUUCCAAGCAACGGAAAAAAGAUUUGGAAGAGUCAGUCUGCGGUAAUGAUACAGCUUCAACCUGGACGAAAGAAAAGCAGUCUGAUCUACUAAGGGAAAUUGUCCAACUAAGCAGCUCGAUGAAAUAUGUUCCAGAACAGUCUCAUCAGCUUAAAGUGCCAAAUUCUAUGGGCUUAGGUGCAUGCAACUCAUGGUGUUCCUCAAGUUUGGGUAGCACCCAGCUUCUUUUAAUAUCCAGCGAUUGCAAGUCAUCGGCAGUUGACUGGAAAAUGCAGGAAACAGAGUCAAAUGCGUAGUGUAUGUGUAGCUAGAGAUUACAGCAACGACAGCAACACUUACAGGAUCUUAAUUCGCAGAUGCGGGAAGAAAAGAAAUGCAGAAACCAGUAUAGAACAAAUACAGUUCUUAUCACUAAGAAGAGCUUAAGAGUCAACAGUCACAGUUUAAGAGCGUUGGGGUUCAUAUUGGAUGUUAGUUGUUUAAAUAUAUAUCAAAAAGUCAAGGAAAAGAAAACAGUUCUCGUUUUGAGCCAAUACUAAAAUAGGGGAGGAGUUACAAAAAAUGUAAUUCCCAAUUGUAGAGCCAUUUUAAAGCCCGUAAAAAGAGAAUGCGAAUUUCAAAUAUAAUAAAGAGCGAGAUCUGUAUAGCUGAAUAGGUUUUGUAUUGAAACUUCAUUCUACUGUUUACUGGUUCAUCAUUACAGCUGAUUUUAUUAUGAUUUGGCAGAGGGCCAAAAACGCAACUUUUAAAAUGAAUUUGCGUUUUUUCAGACAACAACUCGUCUACUGGCGACGCAGAGUCCGGUGGCAUGGUCAACCUUUCUUGGGCUGGGUGGGUUAUUUGUAAAGAGAGAUCUUAAUAUACGGAUAACCUCAUCGUCCUCCUUCAAAGAAGGAAUCGUAAUGGCUACCGGCCUGUAAACAUGCAUUGUAAUACUAUGUAUUUAUGUAUGUUUUAUGUGGUUUAAUUUUCCCGAAGUUUAACUAUUGGGGACCAAGCCAAAUUUAGAAAAAAUGGAAGAAAAAAAGCUUUCGUUUUAAAUACGUCCUCCAAAAGACGUUGCAAGUUGCACUUCCGUCGAAAUCUUGCAGGGACGGCGAGGUCGGAAUGUAAUCGAAAGACAUGUUUUGUUCAUAACUAACCUAUUACCUUGUGAUUGUUCUCUUUGUCGUCGUCGUCGUCGCCAGUGAAGCUCCCUGAUAGGGUAGCAAUUGGGGAAUUGAUCCUUUUCGGUCAGGAAUACGCUAGAAACAAAGGCAUCAUUGCCUGCUAUGCAAUGCUCACCGUAACUAAGAAUUAAUAGUAGGGAGCUUAAGCAAAGACGUUUUUGAGCGACACACUUCAACCGGAGGUGAGGCCUUCUCUCUUCUCGUAUACCUUGACUCUAACAAAUUUGUACUGCUAAGUUUCUUUCCUCUUAUAAAGACGAUUUACCCGAGAGUUUCAGCCAAACCACUCUCCAGUGAUGCAAAAAGUCUACUUCUAGUUGACGUCCGUCACUCAAAAAUGUUGUUGCUUAAUCUCUCUAAUAGCAUGUGAACUGCUUCAUAUUUUACUGAGGCCUUGUUUGGACAAUGGCUAAAUUAAUUAAUUCGUAAUACAAUAGGAUUCAUCAAAAAGUAAAGAAAAAUAAACUAAAUAAAGAAACAAAUAAACUGAGCAAUAAAUAGCAAGAGAGGACGAAUGAUUUAUUCUCUGGUGGCCAUGGGGCUAAACCAUUUAACCAAUUCGCGCGCAUCGCUUUCAGACACGAAGUCAGCAUCUUGGAAAAUUCUUUUGAGUAAAAAUAGUUUUUACGCAACGAAACAGAUCUUUUCGUACAGGAACACCAACAUGGCCGCCGUUUCAUUCCUUUGGUAAACUGGUCGCCUUGACGUCAUGUGAAAACAAUGUCAUAUUGUUGCGUUCUACAGGGGUUUCGAAAGUUCUUUCUGAUUUUUUUGUUUUGUUUUAUUUUCACUGAUUAUUAAAAUAGAUUUUUUAAAACUAAGUAUGCAAUUCCUUAUUCAUUUAAAGUUGAAUAACUGAAAUAUUACUAACCAGAAUGUCCUCCUUUAUGUUUUCUGGCAUUUUCUAGGCGGUGAGGUACAGAAUAUAAGAGCUAGGCCUUCAUUUUAGUGAAAGAGAACAGAAAAUAAAAGAAAACGGCCAUAAAUACGAAAAUAGAAAACCUACAAAAUGGGCAGGAAAAAAUGGCGAGAAAAACCACGCGUACUUGCACAUGCUUAAACAGGGAAAGAUAAUAUGAAAUGAGGGUAUGUUAAAAAGUGUAUGUGUAUAGAGCUUGUUCCUGUUUCGUUAGGUGGCCUAUAAUGGUGGCCCUUUGGGUGUCCCAAGUAAAUCCUGCGGAAUUUGAACUCUUGUUUUAACUGAGGAUCAUAGCCAUUAGUUUCUGGAGUUUGAACGUUCGUUUGUUCAGCAAACGUAAUUGUUGUUCCCAGCCUUUCUCGUCACCCGGAAUGGACAGAGCAGUUAACUCCGAGUCCUUAUGUUGUUAACGGCUUGCAGAAUAAUAUUGUACCGAAUCGAUUUCCAUGCUAGCAAUCAAGAACAAAAAGCUAGUACGUGUUAUUAUUAUUAUAAAUGUAUAAUGAGAAAUGCAUAAGAAAAGUAUGGGCUUUGCAUGGAAUUAUGUUUUACUUUUGUAGCCAAGCUUUCACGUUUUUCUUUUUCCAAAGAAAAUUAAUUUGUUAAGGAUACACUGAGGAAACCUUUUUUAAAGAAAGUUCAAUAAAUUUAAAUGAAUUAUCUAUUUCAGAGGAGAAGUUGAAAGAAUCUGGGUCACAUUUUUCUUACAAGGAGUCCCUGAUAAAAGAAAUGAAAGAACUUGUGUACUCAUUCUACAGAGACGUGCAGAUCAAAAUUUGUUUCAUCAAAAAGACGCAAAAGCGCGAGAUUAGAGACAUGAUAAAGGAGUUGAAGCUCAUGACGUUGGGGGAAAAAUCUUCCAAGCAACGGAAAAAAGAUUUGGAAGAGUCAGUCUGCGGUAAUGAUACAGCUUCAACCUGGACGAAAGAAAAGCAGUCUGAUCUACUAAGGGAAAUUGUCCAACUAAGCAGCUCGAUGAAAUAUGUUCAAGAACAGUCUCAUCAGCUUAAAGUGCCAAAUUCUAUGGGCUUAGGUGCAUGCAACUCAAGGUGUUCCUCAAGUUUGGGUAGCACCCAGCAUCUUUUAAUAUCC